AUGGGUAUCCCUCAGAAGACAACCAAAACGAAGACGAGGAGACAUUUGAGGCAAGUAAUUCAAUUAGAUCUCGAUCAAAUCUGUGAGGAUCUUCGUUCUCCAAAACAUUUGGCCCAACACAAAGAUUCAAAAACUGCGGAGGAUUUGCCAGGUUUGGGGAAAUUCUAUUGUAUUGAGUGUGCGAAAUGGUACGAAUCAGAAAAUAAUAUGCUGUCGCAUCUUAAAGGCAAAACUCAUAAGAGAAGAGCCAAGACAUUGAAGGAGGGACCAUAUACACAAAGGGAUGCAGAAGCAGCUAUAGGGCAGGGUCCUUCAGAUAAUGGUACCAGAAACAAAGCUUUGGAUGUCGAAGUAGAGAUGGAAAACUCAGGAUUUCUUAACGACCAGCAAACUUGA